AUGAAACAUAUUUGUCGAGUGAGACACCAGACAAGCCAUCCGGGUGUCGAGGGAGACACCAGACAAGCCAACGGGGUGUCGAGGGAGACACCAGACAAGCCAUCGGGGUGUCAGAGGAGACACCAGACAAGCCAUCGGGGUGUCAAAGGAGACACCAGACAAGCCAUCGGGGUGUCGUGGGAGACACCAGACAAGCCAUCGGGAUGUCAAAGGAGACACCAGACAAGUCAUCCGGGUGUCGAGGGAGACACCAGACAAGCCAACGGGGUGUCGAGGGAGACACCAGAAAAGCCAUCGGGGUGUCAGAGGAGACACCAGACAAGCCAUCGGGGUGUCAAAGGAGACACCAGACAAGCCAUCGGGGUGUCGGGGGAGACACCAGACAAGCCAUCGGGAUGUCAAGGGAGCCCCCAGACAAGCCAUCGGGGUGACAGAGGAGACACCAGACAAGCCAUCGGGGUGUCAAAGGAGACGCCAGACAAGCCAUCGGGGUGUCAAAGGAGAUACCAGACAAGCCAUCGGGGUGCCAAAGAAGAUACCAGACAAGCUAUCGGGGUGUCGAGGGAGACACCAGACAAGCCAUCGGGGUGUCGAGGGAGACACCAGACAAGCCAUCGGGGUGACAGAGGAGACACCAGACAAGCCAUCGCGGUGUCAAAGGAGACACCAGACAAGCCAUCGGGGUGUCAAAGGGGAUAUCAGACAAGCCAUCGGGAUGCCAAAGGAGAUACCAGACAAGCCAUCGGGGUGUCGAGGGACACACCAGACAAGUCAUCGGGGUGUCGAGGGAGACACCAGACAAGCCAUCGGGUUGUCGAGGGAGACACCAGACAAGCCAUCGGGGUGGCAAAGGAGACACCAGACAAGCCAUCGGAAGGUCAAAGGAGACACCAAACAAGCCAUCGGGGUGUCAAAGGAGACACCAGACAAGCCAUCGGGGUGACAGAGGAGACACCAGACAAGCCAUCGCGGUGUCAAAGGAGACACCAGACAAGCCAUCGGGGUGUCGAGGGAGACACCAGACAAGCCAUCGGGGUGUCAAAGGAGACACCAGACAAACCAACGGGGUGUCAAAGGAGACACCAGACAAGCCAUCGGGUGAGACACCAGACAAGCCAUCGGGGUGUCGAGGGAGACACCAGACAAGCCAUCGGGUGUCAAAGGAGACACAGUGGAAAUGAUGGAAGACAGAGAGAAACAAGAGAAAUGAAGCAAUGGAGAGCAUACUAUCAAUUCUAG